GUCUGAUUAAUUUCCAGGGAGCUCUCUUCUCCGGCUCUACAAACCAUGAGCGGGUCCUAUGAAAAGAAGAUGGCAGUGUUGACCGACCUGACCACUUCUUGUCAUCCUGUGACCAAGGACUCUCCCACCCUGCCAGAGUCAACCGCCACGGAUAUGGGCUAUUAUAGCGGUCACCUCUCUGGUGGGCAGCACGACUUCUUCCAGACUCAAGCGUACUCCCCAUCUAUCAGCAGCUAUGGCUACCACCACCCCCACCAUCAGUACAACUUUAAUGGGCUAGUAGGGAACGAGAGCUUUCUGCCCAAGGAUGACUAUCAGUAUGGAGGGGGAUAUCGGGCGUUUGGGCAUUACAGAGAGCCUCCAGUGCCGGAGACAGUUUCAGUGAAGGAAGAGCCAGAAACCGAAGUUCGGAUGGUUAAUGGGAAACCUAAAAAGAUCCGAAAGCCAAGAACCAUCUAUUCUAGUUACCAGCUGGCUGCAUUGCAGAGAAGGUUCCAGAAGGCCCAAUAUUUGGCACUGCCCGAGAGAGCAGAACUAGCCGCCCAGUUAGGGCUCACUCAAACGCAGGUAAAAAUUUGGUUCCAGAACCGAAGAUCUAAGUUUAAAAAACUGUACAAAACCGGAGAAGGGCCUGGUUUGGAACACAGUCCGAAUAACAGCGACUCCAUGGCUUGCAAUUCCCCUUCAUCCCCACCCGUAUGGGACAAUAGUCGAAGCCGAACCCCUCAGCAGCAGCAGCAGCAGCAAAGUCUUCCACCGUGCUCUUCACCCUCUUAUAUGGAGAACUACCAUCCGUGGUACACCCAGCAAACCCAACCUGGCCAGCACCUACAACCAUCUGAAGUUAUGCAUCAACCUCCUUCCAAUACAGUGUAUUAAGUGAAAAAAGACACUGGCACUAAUUUAUCUUUGUGCCCUCCUGUAUUUUAUUUUUAUUUUUUUUGGAAUUUGAUGACAGUCAAAAAGUUUGAAAAACAAUGUCAGCUCAAGGUCAAACCGAUAAUUAGGUGCAUUUUAUACACAGCACCUAAAGAAUUGCUUGAUCCCUCAGGCUGAGUGGUUUGGAUGGACAAUAUUUUGGAGAUUAUCCAUUAUUUUGGAUGCCACUAUACGUCAGUCUUUCUCGAACCUUGGAUUCUCGAACCUUGUGUUGGGCCUCUUAAUUUAUCAUUAAUGAAAGUGACAUUAAUGUAAUGUUCUAAAGUAUAGAUUCUCAUUCUUUUAUGCCUCUCCUGACAACCAUGGUUUAAAUACUGCAAUAGCUGAAUUAAAACUCUAAAGGUGUUAUUUUUAAGACCCUUUCCAGGACUUGUUGCUGUUUGACCAAUGUGAUAUUCUGUGCCUUAGUAAAUGAAGCUAUAUUUAAAUAAUAGAUCAAUUUUUACGUUUUAUAAGGGACAAGAAGCAAAAUAUUCCAUAACUCUACUGAAUCGAGAUACAAAGACUUGUAGAGUUGAUUCUGCCUGGGACUGUAAGAUGUGGCUGCAUCUCAGUGGCCUCACCAGCUUCCAUAAAGGAACAUCGAAUGGUCAAAAGGUCCCGAAUUCAGUGUCACUCCAUGGUGGAACGGACUUCUUUCCAGAGCUGCUGUUUGUGUAACUUGGUCACGUUCCUGUGUCAUGGAAAUAUUUAAAACAAAAACAAAAAAAAAAAAGACUAUGGUUGGCCUUAACUUAUUUUUGUAAUAUUUUUGGGGGGUUGUGUUUGGAAUGGGAGAAGAAGAUGAUGAGAACUAACUUUGAUUAGAAGAUGGGGGGGGGGGGGGGGUGUUAAAGAAUGUUAUGGUGUGAAUGCAAAUAAAUUUUUAUGGUAUUUUGCUGGAAAA